AUGGAUCAGCAGCUGAUGAUGGUGAAGAAUGAGGAGACCCCAGCUGGGAGGCGCCGCUUGAGCGCCGCUGAUCGCGAGGCAAAUCAGGCAGCACGGUGUGUUAAGAGACGCCGAAGAGAUCCACCUGCUGUUAUUGUUGACAUUACGAAGACUGAGCUGCCUCUACCAGAAAAGCCAGCUGAUCCAGCUUCUGUAGCUGCCACAACGAAGAGGAGCUCAAGGUUUCGCGGUGUCAGCAGACAUAGGUGGACUGGCCGAUUUGAAGCUCACUUGUGGGACAAGCUUUCUUGGAAUGUAACACAGAAGAAAAAAGGGAAACAAGUCUAUCUUGGGGCUUAUGAUGAAGAAGAAUCUGCUGCAAGAGCAUAUGACUUAGCAGCUCUCAAGUACUGGGGAACCUCAACUUUCACAAACUUUCCGAUAUCAGAGUAUGAGAAAGAAAUUGAGAUUAUGCAAUCUGUAUCAAAAGAAGAGUAUCUGGCAUCCCUAAGAAGAAAGAGCAGUGGCUUUUCAAGAGGUGUGUCUAAGUACAGAGGAGUAGCAAGGCACCAUCACAAUGGUAGAUGGGAAGCAAGAAUUGGAAGGGUUUUCGGAAACAAGUACCUCUACCUUGGCACUUACAGCACCCAAGAGGAAGCAGCUCGCGCCUAUGACAUUGCGGCAAUUGAGUACAGAGGGAUCAAUGCUGUGACCAACUUCGACUUGAGCUCUUACAUAAGAUGGUUGAAGCCGAAAGUGGACAGCACAAUAUCAGCUCAAGAAUUAGAGACAGUUGCAGAGCCUGAGAAUAUGCCAUUCAUGGCCAGCAACUAUAUCCCAGCAGAGGAAUCCUCCUUGUCACAGAUAAACCCUUUUGCCUCCGAUUACUUGAACUCACCUCGAAAGCAAGAAGUCUCUCUGAGCAACGUUCCUCUCAACACAAUCAGCAAGUCAUCCUCUCCAACCGCACUUGGCCUCCUCCUACAGUCUUCAAUAUUCAGAGAACUGGUGCAGAAGAACUCAAAUUACUCGGAGGAUGAAAGCACCGAUGGAGAAGACCAAAAGAACCAUGCACAUGGUGGGAGUGACGACGAGUAUGGUGGACUUUUUUCUUAUGACCAAAUUGGCGCCAAUAGCUCUUUAGUUUCCUCUUCCAACGAGGAAAGCAUAGAACUGCAAGAAAGAGAGCUCCUUCACUCCCCAUGGAACAACUUCACGAGCACAAUGCUACUUAAUCAAACAACAAAAGCAGAUGCCUCAGAGUCUCUGUUCUUCUUUUCUUAG